AUGAAAAUCACAAAAUAUGUACUGUUGUUUCUCACGUUAAUAACUCGUCUGCUUAAUGUAUAUGGAUGGGGCAUUUGGGCGCAUAAACAUAUAAGCAAAGCAGCAAUUUUAACCCUACCUCAGCAAAUUGGCAUAUUUUUUGAUAAUCAUGCUGAUUUCAUUGUUGAAGAAUCGUUUGUUCCUGAUAUACGUAAACAUCUGUCUAAUGAAUCAUUCGAGUACGUCAGACAUCAUAUCUACCUCGAAGAAUAUGAUUAUCGUCUGACUGUGCAUGAUAUGCCACAGACAAUGUUCAAUGCACAGUCGAAAUAUGGUCAAAAUAAAUUAUUAAAACAUGGAGUGUUACCGUGGAAUAUUGACACGCUGAUGAACGAUCUGACAGACGCUUUUAAGAAAAAAAUCAAAACAGAAAUAUUAUAUAUUGCAAGUGAACUAAGUCAUUUUAUAGCUGAUGCUCAUGUUCCGUUUCAUGUAUCAAUCGUUUUACGAGAACAUCAUUAUCGUUCGGAAUCACUGUGGGAAGCUGAACUGCCAGAGCUAUUUGGUAAACAUUAUAAUCUUUCUAAUGGCAACGCCGUUGUAUACAUCAACGAUAGUCGCAGUGAAAUUUGGAAUAUAAUUCGCAACAGCUACCAAUUCGUUAAUGAACUAUUGAUGACAGAACAAAAACUAAAUAACUUAUUUAAAACUAGCAGAUACAAGAAAAAAUUAAACGGUGAACUAUUACGUAAUGUAUAUAAUAGACCAAUCCACACUAAAGAUUAUGCCAUAGCAUACAAUAGUUUGCUGGAUGGCAUGGUAGAAGAACAAAUACGAAAAUCAAUAUAUGCCAUAGCAUCUUUCUGGUAUACAGCUUGGAUUGAUGCCGGACAACCAGAUAUGCAUAAUCUCGAUCCAGAAUAUUUAACAAGAAAAAAUGCGAAGGUAUAUACAGAAGAUCGUCAGUUAUACGCACAAACAGGAAAAAUCUUUGAUUUCAUCAAUGAUAAUGAAUAUUAA